GGGGGAGAGAUAUGAGACUCACGAGAAGCAUAAAAGAAAGGUUAAUUAAGUGAGAGAAGUUAUGGGACACUUUCUGAUUGGUCUCCUUGUGGUUGCUCUGUCUAUUGGUAAUGUUAUUGAAGAGGCAUAUGGUGAAAUACCUAGACCAGUUUUGAGCGAAAUAGAGUGGAUUAAUAAGAGAGGUCCCUUUUUGGGGAUUGUAGCUCCAAACAACUAUGAGCUUAAUCCUCUCCUUGAUUCCCAAGCCUAUGUUCCAUAUCACAGACUGCCUUCGAUCGAUUUCGCAGGUAGAAAAUUUCGUUUUGGAAGUAUAUUAAACCACCGGGUGGUAAUCGUGAUGUCAGGACUAGGAAUGGUAAAUGCAGCAGUUUCAACACAAUUACUAGUGAACCUGUUUAGGCUGAGAGGAGUGUUGCACUAUGGAAUCGCUGGGAACGCAGAUGUUAAUCUUCAGAUUGGUGACGUCACUAUUCCUAGAUAUUGGGCCCAUUCUGGUCUCUGGAAUUGGCAGAGGUAUGGAGCUGGAAUAGACAACGAACUAGCUUUGGAAGGAGGCGGAGACUAUACUCGGGAAAUUGGUUAUCUAGAGUUUGCCAAGUACACUAACGGAAGUGACAACUUGCUCAACAGAAUUUGGUACCAGCCGGAAGAAAUCUUUCCGGUCACAGGAACUCCAGAAGUCCGGGAACAUGCCUUCUGGGUUCCCGUUGACGAGUACUUCUUGGAUAUUGCAAGCAAACUCGAGAACACGAAGCUACCACAGUGCGUGAACACCACGUGCCUCCCUCGACCACCAAAGGUAACCAUCGUUGACCAUGGAGUGAGUGCAAGCGUCUUCGUCGACAACGCCGCUUACCGGACUUUCCUCCGCUCCAAAUUCAACGCCACCGCGGUGGAAAUGGAAAGCGCCGCCGUUGCUCUGAUCUCUCAUCAGCAAAACAUCCCUUUUAUCGUCAUCCGUGCCUUGUCCGAUCUCGCUGGCGGCGGCUCCGAGAUCUCUAACGAAGCCGACAUUUUCGGCAGCCUCGCUGCGGUAAACUCUGUGGAUGUUCUUGUGAAGUUCGUUGGUUUGUUGCCUCAAUACCGCGGAAGCAAGGUUCAGUCAGAAUAAUAAGUGUUGUCGUGUUGAUGUGUAUUUUUAACUACGAGCAUGUAACGUUAAAUAAGAUGUAUCUGCCUUGAACUUUUCUAUUUCAUGAAUAAGAGAUGUGUUGUGUUCACA